AUGCUGCCGUCAGCCAUUCCAACUCGGCCCUGGGAAGAGGUGGGCGUCGAUCUGUUUCAUUUGAACGGCCAGGACUACGUCCUUCUGGUGGAUUACCGGUCACGCUUCCCGGAGGUCAUCAGCCUGCGCUCGACGUCAGCACCUGCGGUGAUCAACGUCAUCAAGAGCGUCUUCGCGCGCCACGGGGUCCCAAGACUGGUGCGCAGCGAUAAUGGCCCUCAGUUUGCUGCAAAAGAGUUCUCCGCCUUCGCCGAUUCCUAUGGUUUCCGCCACGUCACUAGCAGCCCCCACUUUACACAGUCCAACGGGGAGGUGGAUCGGAUGGCAGGCGAGCAGGUCUGGAUACGGGACGUCAACUCCCCCGCGAUCGUCAUGGGGCCAGCACAACGCCCUCGCUCCUACGUGGUGGAGACUCCCACAGGUGUACUCCAGCGCAACCGGAUGCACCUAGUACCAACGACCGGAGGCCCUGUGGAAGGGACUACCAUCGGCCAGCCUUGCACAGCAGGAACAGCAGAUGAGCCCAAGCAGUUGCAUGUCAACAUUGAAUCAUUUCUGGACACCGGGGAGCUCUCCGACUUCGAAUUCGUGGUGAAAUUCGGGCAUCAGCCUCAGGUCAUCGUGAAGCGGUUCCGUGUGCAUAAGCAGUUCCUGGCCAUGCGAAACGAAGUGUUCCGCGCUAUGUUCUUCGGAGACAUUGCAGAGAAAAACCAAGUGGCCAUCACCGACAUACAUCCCGAUGGUUUUGAGAUCUUGCUCAGGUUUCUGUAUUCUGGUAAAUUGAAGAUGAAGAGCGUCGACGACGCCUUACGCGCCAGGUUCGCCGCAAAGAAGUACCUUGUGCAGCAGCUCGAGGAAGAAUGCAGUGCCUACAUUAAGAAGAAACUCAGUGCAGAACAGCUGUGCUCGUUCAUAGACUACUACAUGCAGAACAGCUAUCCCGACAUGGAUGGCGCCGUGACAGAGAUUUUGAAUUCAACCAAAGCUCCGGCCGUACUAGCCUCCAAAGAAUUCAACGUGGCUCUCGAGGAAACCGUCCGGUACAUCGUGGAUAAAAUCAGGAAGGUUUCCGAACUCAGCGUGGCCUGUGCCGUCUUCGGCUGGGCUCAAGAACAGUGUUUGCGGAGCCUGAAGACGGACAAACCGCGAGACCUUAAGACGCUUGUGCGUUCCUUCUUUCCCAAGCUGCGAUUCUUGACCAUGACGAUGGAACAGUUUCUCAACGGCCCGGGCUCCUGGGGCGUCCUGGACGACACUGAGAUAGUCGCGCUGCUGCGAUGUAUCGUGAGUCGCGGAUGGGGCCCGCUGCCUGCAGGGUUCUCUGACAUCAUCAUCGAUCGCUUCAAUUUGUGACCGAAGCUUCAGUGACGAAUCGCGAACUGUUUCUGGAAGCCAUCUAGUUUCUGGGAGCAGUAAGCGCAUCUACAGAUUUGUUACUUUGAGGAAACUGACAGAAUUACGCAUUACACUUAGAAGCUCAUCAACUUCUCGUUGGUGGGGAGUCGUCUGCCAAAAUAUGCGGCAAACGUUCGUAAUCUUACUAAGCAAGACAUAUAGUCACCUUCUCAAGCAAAGAGGUCAAGUUUCAUAGUAACGCUUGUGGUGUGCAACAGUUUACGGCAUAUUCAAGCUCGAUAGCAA